GCUCGAACACGCAUUCACACGACUUUCCAUCAGGCCGUCGUCGGUAUGUCGCCAAUGCCGUCGAAGUCUGGCGACGAGCUCGCAACCGCAACAGCAACAGCAACCGCAGAAUCGACGCCAAAGCGCGACUGCAGCCUUCGCUGAUCUCCUGCAAAGCAACCGCAAUCAGACGCAAGCCCAGGCUCACACUGCCGCACCAACACCCACACCAGCCUCGCUCUCCUCCCCUCAAGCCCCGCUCCGAGCCAGCGCAUCGCCAUCGACCGCCUUCCUUAAUACUCCUUCCCCGACAUCGACCGCCGGCUGGAGCAUGAUGCAAGACGCCGUCAAGACUGCGACUCAAGCCCGCAAGGAAGCUGCGCAGCGGCAAAUGCUCCUCGACCAAGAACGCGGCUGGAACCGCCAAGACCUCGAACGGCAAGCCUCUCACCGUCGCUGGAAAGCCGGCGAUGUAUACGCGCCGCACGAUCUGACAGGUGUCGAAAUGGCAAAGUGGAAGAAGCUGCGACGGAAGCCGAAACCGCGCUACGAUGUCAUUGAUCGAUUAGGACUGAACCCGCUGCAUCACUAUAAGAAUUUCUCCAUCAUGAGCGAGUAUAUGACCGAGAUGGGCAGGAUUAGGCAUAGCAAUGAUACCAAUUUGAGGCCGGUGAAUCAGAGAAAGAUGGCCAAGGCGAUCAGAAGGGCGGUAGGCUUGGGAAUACUGAUGCCCGGCACGCAUAGACAUCCGGAGAUUUUGAGGAUUGACAUGAAUCCAGGGAGGUAAUAGAAGAAGUUCUAACGCGUUGAACCGAAUGCAUGUGACUGCCUUGG